UCACUCGGUGUCGCGAUGGAGACCAUGGCCGCCUUCCUCACCCCUUUCCUCCUGCUUCUCUCCUUCUCCCCGACCAUCUCCCCGCAGGAAUGGAACACGCAGGACUACAUGAAGAGAGAGCACUCCCUCGUGAAGCCGUAUCAAGGAAUGGCUACUUCUAUACCAUACUGGGAUUUCCUGGGUAGCACUAUGGUUACUAACAAUUUUAUUCGCUUGACCGGAGAUGUCCAGAGUGUGCGAGGAGCCGUUUGGAAUAAGGUUCCGUGUUUUGUGCAAAAUUGGGAGAUGCAGAUUCAGUUCAAAGUGCACGGUCGGGGAAAGGAUUUAUUUGGUGACGGCUUUGCCUUCUGGUACGUGAAGGACCCAAUGGUCGAAGGGGAUGUUUUUGGCAGCAAGGAUUUCUUCACUGGAUUAGGGGUUAUUGCUGACACCUACAGCAACCACAAUGGCCCACAUAAUCACGGUCACCCAUAUAUCUCUGCGAUGGUGAAUAAUGGCACUCUUCACUACGACCAUGAUCGAGACGGAACUCAUACACAGCUCUCCGGAUGUGUGGCAAAGUUCAGGAAUUUAGAUUAUGACACAUACCUGUCAAUCAGAUAUAAGCAUGACACACUAACAGUUUCCAUCGACAUCGACAACAAGAGAGCGUUUAAGGAGUGCUUCACGGUGGGGGGAGUCAUAUUACCCACCGGAUACUACUUCGGUGUCUCGGCUGCCACUGGGGAUCUUAGCGACGCCCACGACCUAAUAUCUAUGAAAUUGUAUGAUAUUUCUUCCCCAGAUGAUGAUAUCCUUCAAGACAGAGCCAAUGUUAUGCCGUCUGCCUCAUUUUUUGAGCCACCAAGAGACCACGUUGACGAUCCCAAACCUUCAGAGUUGUCGACAUGGAAAAAGGUUCUCCUCCUCAUUUUUGGAGUGAUUGCAAUCUGUGGCUGUGUCUUCAUUGGGGGCUUGUUCUACGUUAAACAAAAAGAGCAGCAGCGAAAGCGGUUCUACUAGAAGUUUUGACGUUUCCUUUCGAAUAGGGGAAAAUAUUUUUAAUGAGAGUGAGAGUGACUGGAAAAAAUGUUUUUAACCACUGUUAUAGAUGGAAGUCUUUUAGCUGAUUUUUAGCAUUUUUUCUUUUUCUUUCAAUCCUUCGUAAGACAAAAAAAGUUAAGAAGAAUUUGAGCAUUACCAAACAUUUUAAGUUGAGAACUUAGUAAUUGACAAAAGGCAUUAUCUUUUUAAUGGUUGAAUGAUAUUGUGAAAGUUCAGUGUAAAAAGUCAGUCAUAGUUAUUAUAAAUGCAUUUUUACUCUAGUGAUGUUAAGUGAUAUAUAGUGAUGUAUAAGUGAUAUAUGGCUCAUCAUUCUGAAAAUUGUUACUGAAGAUGACAGAUGCAGACAAUUUUUUUGUACAACUUUAGGAAAUUUUGAAAUUUGUAUCAAUCUUCAGGAAAAGAAGAGUUUGCAGAAGAUGGAUGUGUUUUUUUGCAAAAUGCAUAAUGAAUUUGUAAUAUAAUGUAUAUUUAAUUUAUUGGUGUUAAAACAGGCAAAUUGUGUGAGUUUCUUACUCUGAUAUAAAUUUGACAAGAAGCAAAAUACCAAAUACUGAAGAAAUGUACUCUUUCAAAGGGCAAUUUGUCGUAAUACAAAGUUUGAUUAGCACAAUGCCAGGGUUCUUAAAGAGGAACUCUGGGAGAGGAAAAAGUAACCCACCCACCCUUUUUUUUUCUCUUUUUCUUUUCUUGUGAUAUAAGUUGUCUUUUUCCUGCUCAGGAUUACACGAGAAUUGUACCGUGCUUGGCGAUAAUGCUUCCUCAUUGUGAAUAUAUAUCUUACAUCCCUGA